UGCAGUGUGACUUUCCACAAAACGCCAUUUGCGUCUCUCACAAUCGACAUUACGUCGACUCGAUAUACAUUUUAAUAUAACACAAUUUUAAUAAUAAUAUAAUACAAUAAAAUAUCAUACGCCUGCUAAAAAUUGUUAACGACUACAAUAACAAUAAUAAGUUUACGGUCGUCUUCUAACCGCAACAUGCCGAUUCAAAGGUUAAAAGGAGGAGGUGGUUUGGUGUUAUGGUUUUUCGCCGUCGUCGCACUGUCGACCGGUGCUAAACCGCUGCAAUCUGCCGGUCACGCGAAUCUCAUCGGAAGUUUAAAACCUUCGGCGUCGUCGUUGGUCGGCGACACUAUGUCCUCGACAAACGAAGUUCCGUUUGAGUGGGCUUCCGAUUACGAGGUGGCUGUCGUCUACAUCACGUCCGCUUGGACCGAAUUCGGCGAUGUCCGUUCGUCCGACGCACUCCUGGGCAUUAUCGCUGAAAACGGAUUUCUCAAUUAUUGCGUGAGGUUCAAGAUCGAGUUGGCCGCUUGGGCUAAGUCCUUACAAGACAGACCUGACGUGAGUGAAACGGUGAAAAAAGCCGUCUCUAGCUGGUAUAUAGCAAUUGACACGCUGUCACGGAACAAUUGGAAUCUUCCCGACACGCUCACUUUGGAUUCGUUUAGAAAACAAUUCAUGACCGCUUACAAGCACUUGGUGCUCAACGGGGGCGAGAUUUACGAGAAAGCGGAUACUGAAAAUGUGAAAUGGGACGUGGACAGAUUCACAAGAGACGUUGCCAAUAUGAUGAUCGAAAUACUCAAAAAAAUUUCGAGACAAGUCCGAAGCGUUCCAAAGAAACUCGAAAUGGAAUAUUAAUAGUCUAUAAUUUAUGCAGUGUACCGACUAAUAAAAUAUCAGUCUCACUGCUGUGCUACCGACAUGUGUAACGAAAAAAUAUUAUAUAUUAUUAUAUAUUUACUUAAACAUUUAUUGGCCAUUAACGUUAAUAUUAUUUUGUAUGUUGUUUUAUACUAAAUGAUAAAUUUAUAAUAUACUAUAGUAGAUUACACAUUACCCACGGGGGAGACAAAACUUAUAAAACUAUUGAUUACUAAUAAAUAAUGACAUGUUUAUUUUUAUUAUAAUUUAU